AUGGAACAAAGAGGAUGCGGGGCAUGGCGGGAGCGACGGCAGUGGGUUGUGUUCAUGGUUGCUUUGGUUCUCUUUUGGAGCGGAGCUUCAGCUCAGAUAAGAUACUCCACCUCUGAAGAGCUUAAGGAAGGAACUGUCGUGGGGAAUAUAGCUAAUGAUUUGGGAAUAGAGCUGAGCACCUUGAAGGAUAGGGGAUUUCGAAUCGUGUCUGGCUCGACCGAGCCCCUUUUCCAGAUAAACAGGAAUGACGGCAUCUUGUAUGUGAAUCGAAAAAUAGACCGAGAGGAGGUGUGUGAACGGAGCAGCGUGUGUUUGAUCAACCUGAAAACCGUUCUAGAGAACCCGCUGGAAAUCCAUUAUGUCGCGGUGGAGGUGGUAGAUGUUAACGACCAUUCUCCCAGCUUUCCAGAUAAAGAGAAACGGUUAGAGAUUUCAGAAUCUGCAUUACCGGGAGCGCGAUUUCAGCUACAAGCAGCGCGCGACUCAGACAGUGGCCAAUUCUCCGUUCAACAAUAUAAACUCAGUGACAAUGACCAUUUUCGUAUAGAAGUUAAAGAUAGAGGUGAAGACCGUAAAAUACCGUUUUUAAUUUUACUGAAGCAGUUAGACAGGGAAGUUACUAAGAAGCAUGUGUUAUUAUUUGCAGCCAUGGAUGGAGGAAAACCAGUGAGGUCUGGCACAAGCGAAAUAAAGAUUGAGGUAUUGGAUGUUAAUGACAAUUCCCCGACUUUUACUAAAGACGUGUACUCUGUAAGGCUUAGUGAAAAUGUUCCUAUCGGUGCAACUGUCAUUCAGGUAAACGCAACCGAUUUAGACGAAGGUGCAAACGGUGAAGUUAGAUAUUCAUUUGGUAAUGAAGUAGAUAGAAAGGUACGGGAGCUUUUUAUUUUGGAUUCGAUUACUGGUGAAAUAACAGUCAAAGGUGUGAUAGAUUAUGAGGAAAAUAAUAAAUAUGAGAUUGAUAUACAAGCAUCAGACCAAGGACUUGCUCCCCUUACAACCGACAAAAGCGUCAUAGUAAAGAUUGUUGACGUCAACGACAAUGCGCCUGAGAUUGAGGCGACAUCCUUUUCGAAUGCAAUACCCGAGGAUUCUAAACCCGGAACCACAGUCGCACUAAUCAGUGUUAAUGAUUUGGACUCUGGUCUCAAUGGGAAAGUUAUUUGCUCAGUACUUGAAGAUUUACCUUUCAAACUAAUGUCAUCUUUACAAGAUAACAUGUAUUCUGUUAUCACAAAGUCACCACUGGAUAGAGAGAAACAAUCUGAAUAUGAUAUAACAAUAGUUGCCAAAGACGAAGGCCAGCCUUCCUUGUCAUCUGUAAAGACUAUCAGCGUUGUUGUAUCAGAUGUGAAUGAUAACAGUCCAGAGUUUUCACUGAGUCCCUAUACUUUCUAUGUCAUUGAGAAUAACGACCCAGGAGGCUCAGUAUUUUCGGUGAGUGCCUCAGAUCGUGACAUAAACGAAAAUGCACUUAUUUCAUAUAAUAUUCUGAGAGAAAGUGGUGAGCAGAACAAAUGGGCAUCUUUUCUUAAUAUUAAUUCUGAAAAUGGGAAUAUAUUGGCGCUAAAAAGCUUUGACUUUGAAAGGUUAAAAACAUUCCAAUUCCAAGUUGUAGCUACAGACUCUGGAACUCCAUCACAAAGCAGAAACGUCACAGUCAACGUGUUCAUUCUGGAUCAGAACGACAACGCUCCAGGGAUCUUGUAUCCAGUCAGCGCUAACGGUUCUGCUGAAGGUGUGGAGGAGAUUCCCCGCAAUGUGAACGCAGGCCAUUUGGUGACUAAAGUGAGAGCCUAUGACGCUGAUAUAGGAUAUAACGGCUGGUUAUUAUUUUCACUGCAGGAAGUUACUGACCACAGUCUCUUUGCUUUGGACCGCUACACGGGACAGAUAAGGACACUACGGUCAUUCACAGAGACAGACGAGGCUGAGCAUAAACUGGUCAUACUGGUAAAAGACAACGGGAACGUUUCACUCUCAGCAAAAGCUACUGUGAUUAUCAACGUUGUAGAUCCCAAAGAGGCUUUUGCAGCUUCUGAUGUUAAAAGUUCAGUAAAAGAAGAGGAGGAGAACAGCGUUACAUUUUAUUUGAUCAUUACUUUGGGGUCAGUUUCAACGCUUUUUCUCAUCAGCAUCAUCGUGUUGAUUGUAAUGCAGUGCUCCAAACCCACAGACUAUUCCUCCACGUAUUUACAAGAUACGAAUAACGACGGGACGCUGUGCCACAGCAUCCAGUACAGAUCCGGAGACAAACAGUACAUGUUAGUUGGACCCAGAAUGAGUAUAGGUUCUACUAUAGUGCCGGGUAGUAAUGGAAAUACUCUAGUGAUACCCAACCACAAGAGGAGAGCUUCUAUAGAGGUAAGAAGUUGA